AUGAAUAUAAGGACAAAUUUAUUAUUAUUUAUUGGACUUUUAUUUUGUCUGUUAACAUUAUCACCAACACCCAUAGAGGCGCAACUAAAAGAUUACCCACCUUUAGAUUUAACUCCGCCAUCAGUUCCAGAAUGGAAUGCUUUGGUUGACAUGACCAAAAUUCCAAAGGCUCCUGUUAGGAAAUUGCCAAGUGAUUGUACUGACACACUAGACUCUUUUUGUACUUGGACUUGUACUAUCUGUACAAAACCAGACGAUAUCGUGAAAUGCCCUAAACAAAAUGACUGGGCUAUAACUUACGAUGAUGGUCCUUCACCAUUUACAACACUAAUUUUGGAUCAUCUUAAAGCAAAAAAUGUAAAAGCAACAUUUUUUGUUAUUGGCUCCAGAGUUAUGGGAAAUCCUGAUAUUUUAAAAAGAACUUUUAAUGAAGGACAUCAAAUCGGAAUCCACACUUGGUCACACAAACCUUUAACAACUCAAACAAACGAAGAAGUUAUAUCUGAGCUAAAAUGGACUGAAAAAGUCGUCAAAGAAGUAACUGGUGCAACUCCCAAGUUUAUGAGACCACCACAAGGAGAUUAUGAUGAUCGUAUAAGAUUCAUAGCGAAAUCAUUAGGUUAUAACAUUGCUAUAUGGGAUUAUGACACUUUUGAUUGGAAGUCGAACGGAGAUCCAACCUUUGAUUUAAAUUGGAUUACUGGAAACUUUACUCAAUGGGUAACAAACAAAACAACCGGUCAUAUGAGUUUGGAACACGAUUUGUACGAACAAACUGCCAAAAUGGCACCUAAAGCUAUCGACAUUGUCUUGAAUGCGGGUUGGAAUAUGAAAGAUGUUGCAACAUGUGCAAAUCUACCAGCAUACAUUGAAUCUACUACUAACUCAUCAACUCCUCCAAAAUUAGAUCAAAAUCCUAGCACAACUAAAACUUCAGCGCCAACAACCUCACCUGCUCAACAGAAACUAAAAGGUUACCCACCAGUUGAUGUAGCGCCACCAGCUAAUCCGAAAUUUACUGCUUUGGUUGAUUUGACUAAAGCUCCAAAAGCUCCAGUCAGAAAAGCGCCAAGUCAACCUUGUGAUGGUAAUUCUGAUCCCUUUUGUUAUUGGAGUUGUACACUUUGUUUAAAACCUAACGAUAUCAAAACAUGUCCCAAUGCAAAAGAUUGGGGCAUUACAUACGAUGAUGGUCCUUCAGAAUUUACACCAGCAAUUUUAGAUCAUCUUAAGGCAAAAAAUGUAAAAGCAACAUUUUUCGUUAUUGGUUCUAGAGUUAGCGAACAUCCUGAAAUUACAAAAAGAGCUUUUGAUGAAGGGCAUCAAAUUGGAAUCCACACUUGGUCGCACACAGCACUAACAACACAAACAAACGAAGUUGUUAUAGCUGAGUUGCAAUGGACCGCAAAAGCUAUUGAAGAAGCAACUGGUAAAAAACCUGUAGUCAUGAGACCACCACAAGGAGAUCACGAUGAUCGUAUAAGAUACAUCGCCAACGAAUUAGGUUAUAAAGUUGUUAUAUGGGAUAAAGACCCGAACGAUUGGAUGGUCUCAGAAAAUCUAAACUAUGAUGUAAGCUGGAUCGGAGGAAACUUUUCUGAAUGGGUAAAAGAACCAUCAACAACUGGUUAUAUUUCUUUGGAACAUGAUAUGUUUAAACAAUCUGCCGCCAAAGCUCCACUAGCUAUUGAUAUAGUUAUGAGCGCUGGAUUCAACAUUAAGACUGUUGCUGAUUGUGUAGGCCAACCCGCUUUUGACGCAACUAAAAAAGCUUCAUCUACAUCUAUUAACAACUAUCAAUACAGUUCUUCUACUACUCCUUCUGCUAAUUUAUUAACAGUCAAUUCCUUUAUUGGGCUUAAACUUCAGCCAGUGUAA